UGUAGCAUCAAGACGUAAUUGCAGUCAGAUACUUCCAAGUCAGGCUGUAAUUGCGGUUUCCUGAAAAUGGGUCAAUUUUUUAUCGAUGUCGAUGUCAGUGCGCAAAAGGGUAUGAAAGUGGGAAGGUUAGCUCCUUCUGCAAACACGGUAAAGCGCCAUGUAAUUUCCAUUGCGAAUGGUCUUCGACAAACUGUGAAGGAAAAAGUGUCUCAGCACUUCGAGGAUAACGUGUAUGCUGGUUUCACAGUGGAUUUGUGGACUGAUGCAGUUAAAAAAAACUCAUUCAUGUCGGGCACCAUCCAUUAUAUAGACAGAGGCUUCAAACUGCAUGCUAGAACUCUUCAGGUUAAGGUUUUUCCUGAAGAGUCACACACUGCACAGGCUGUUUUGAAGGUGUUCCAAGAAUGUCUUGAGGAACAUGGAUGUUUUGAUCAGAGUCUUUGCAUGGUGUGCUCAGACAGUGGGUCAAAUGUAGCAGGUGCAGAGGGCAUUAGGAGUGUGUACAAGUGGCAUGCUUGUGCUGAUCACAAGAUAGCUACGGUUUUGACAACUGUUCUGAACAAAACCACCGCUGUUCAGAACAGUGUCAGAUCUGCUCCGUUCUACAGAUUCGAAGAUCAGGCAACUGAAAUUUUUGCGCUGAUUGAGAAUUACAAGGAAUUGGUUCGUUAUUUCAAGCAGGCAAAUUUGCAAAAUUUUCUGAAAACGUCACUAAAACAGGAAAAUGCAACAAGAUGGAACUCACUGUUGAGGUUGCUGGACAGUGUGAAAACUAAUUAUGUUGAUGUGAACAACAUCUUGAUGCAGCGCAACCGUCUUGGCAUGAUGGCCAACAUUGACCGUGAUUUGCUGAUUGAGUUGUCUCGAUUCCUUAGUCGUUUCCAGGAAGCCACUCCUAAGCUUGAGAAGUUCCUUGACUCAACCUUGCACCUUGUCAUUUUUGAACGACAUUCUUUGUUUCGCCACUGUCAUGUUCGAACACAAGCAGUGAAAACAGUUGAUGACAGUGGAAAUGAGGUUGUCAUCCCACCGGAUUCCAACAACCUCAAGGUGAUCAAGAAUUUGGUUAAGGAGGUUAUGAUAGAGAAAUGGCCGAUAGAGGACCUGCAUGUUGUUGCAGCGCUUCUCGAUCCUCGACAAAAGGAUCGGCUCGAAAAUUUUGACGUUGUUUGUUUUGACGUCAAGCGGGGGAAGAAUCAACUGAAGAAAAUCAUGUUGAKCCUCGCAGGUUGUGAGAGUGAUUGUUCAGAAAAUCAGCACGUCCUUGACGUUCAUCCGCCAUCCAAACGGCGCAGGGUCGAUUUGGGUGCCCCUUCUCUAGACAACUCAGAUGAUGAUGAAGAUGACACAAGUGGACCUGCAAAAGUUGCACCUUUGACUGCACCAGAACGAGAACAACAAGAGAUCGAUAUUUACUUCGAUCUCAAACUUACCAAAGAAGAGAGACGCGACUUCGACCUCCUGCAAUGGUGGAAGGCAAGGGGGAUAACCGAAGCCACUACCUCUACUUCUCAUCAGAUGGUGCUCAAGCCUGCCUUGCUAAUCAUGUCUCGAGCAGCCCGUGUAGUUUUGUGCGUGCCAGCAUCCAGCUCCAAAAGCGAAUGUAAUUUCUCAGAUGCUGGCAAUACGAUUACUAAGAAGCGCUCCAUGUUGAAUCCAUCUGUGGUAAAUGAUGUUUUAUUUGUGCGGUCAAAUAUGGACCUGGUUUAAGGAAGUAGAGAGGAAUUACAUUUUGAAAUAGGUUAUGCAUAAAUAGGUUGAAUUUGACGUCAAUCAGAAAAAAAGGACAUGGUUUAGGAGAAUGUGAGAGCAGGUCAAUCCUUCUCCUUUCGGGGGAAGCAAUCAAUGCCUUUCUCUCAG